AUGGAGACUGCGCGAACCCGGACACCAUCGAUCUCGAGAUCUGUUGCGCCAAAGUUCUCGCCUCUUAACCAGCACCCCGUGUCUUCUACCGCUGAAUCAGACAAGGCUCAUCCCAUCUUCCUCGAGCACCCCUUCGAAAGACUGUCUCCUACCUUGGCAGCAUAUCCACGCGUUGUCGAAGCUUUACAAAAGAGACGAAUAUCAGUCUAUCCUGACGUCAGCGAAACGAUGCAGAAAGCGCUAGGUCAUCGUGCCGACUUCUUCGACGAUUUCUCUUCGGAAUCAGAAUGGGAGGACAGGAUGAGCAAAACGAUACAGAGUCCAAUUGAAAGCCAAGGGCCGGGUCUGAGAGACAUUCCGUACGACAUCCACGGCGACGUUGAGAAUACGCAGCGCGGAAGGAAUAGGCAACGCAGUACCAUUACCUCGCUGCCCAGACUCGCAGAUCUUGCAGAUGUUUCUGGCUCUGGAACUGAUGAUAGCGGAACCGGCGAUGAGCGAGCUUCUGGUCGAGGAACCAAUCAUGCACGAAAGAUGUCUCUGACGCGUCUGAACAAGGACAAUGUGCGCCUGGUGGAUAACAGGUCUAUCAGAUCCAGUAUCGACUCGCCGAGACAUUCGUUACGCAGCAACAUGUCCUUGCCCAACUCUCCGCUCAUGGCCUCGGCCAGUUCAGCACCGUUCUCUACAUCAGGACCUCUAGAGGAUACACUCACCGCUCUACCGCAAAGCCCGACGUUUCGAAGAGAACACAGAAGGACCGCGUCGUCAAACAGCACAUCAGACAGCGUCCUCGCAGACUCCAUCAUCAACGCCCACGUCAUGACGAUGCGCGCCCUCGAAGCCCUGAGUUCAGACCCACGGAGUAUAGACCCUCGAGUCAGUAGCGACAUGACAAACGCAGCAGGCCGCACAUACCUGCACUCCGCCUCCACAACCUCCUGGCCCAAAUCCACCUCUUUCUCCGCAAACCGCCAUGUGACCCUAUCCCCCCUAUCAACCGGCGAUGGAGACCAAGACGACAGAGCGAGCCGCCACCGCACCGCACAAAUCUACUCCCCAGCCAUCAAAUCACCCAACCCCUUCUCCGUCCCUAAUACCGCUAAUACCACAAUCACAAACCCCGACCUCCUCAUCCCGAAGCCUAGCUAUAUCCCGCAAAACCAUAUGAGCCGAAGAGCCCGUAUGAUGAUCGGAAGGGGAAGGAGGUUCUGGGGCUUAUGA